UGCCUGCCGCAGGUUUCCAAUAGCUUCUGCACACCGGAACUCAGGUGGAGCAGAGACCCAGAAGUCCUGCGCUGUUUGGUGAGCGUGUACGCAUAGCGCAAUCUCGCGUGCUGGCCCGGGGCGAACAGAGCUGCCAGGGAGACUACACGAGGACGUUGAAAAUCGAGAGGCAAGAAUCAUUGGCGACCAUCUGGGAGGCUACCACAUGAUACUUUGUUGUAAGAAAUUGAACAUGGCAGAAGAAGAGGACUAUAUGUCUGAUUCCUUCAUUAACGUCCAAGAAGAUAUCAGACCGGGAUUGCCAAUGCUGAGGCAAAUUCGAGAAGCUCGUCGAAAAGAAGAAAAGCAGCAGGAAGCUAAUUUGAAAAAUAGGCAGAAGAGUUUAAAAGAAGAAGAACAAGAAAGACGUGACAUUGGGUUGAAGAAUGCACUAGGCUGUGAAAACAAAGGGUUUGCUUUGCUCCAAAAGAUGGGAUAUAAAAGUGGCCAGGCCCUUGGCAAGAGUGGAGAUGGUAUUGUUGAACCAAUUCCUCUCAAUGUCAAAACAGGGAAAAGUGGCAUUGGUCAUGAGGCAUUGUUAAAACGGAAAGCAGAGGAAAAAUUAGAAAGCUACAGAAGAAAGAUUAAUGUGAAAAAGCAAACUGAAGAAAAAGCUGCAGAACAGUUUCGAAUGCGACUUAAAAAUAAGCAAGAUGAAAUGAAGCUAGAAGGAGAUCUUAGAAGAAGCCAGCGAGCCUGUCAACAAUUGGAUACUCAGAAGAAUAUUCAGGUUCCCAGGGAGGCCUGGUACUGGUUGAGGCUUGAAGAAGAGACUGAAGAAGAGGAAGAGGAAGAAAAAGAACAAGAUGAAGAUGAAUAUAAGAGUGAAGAUUUAAGUGUACUGGACAAAUUACAAAUAUUGACUAGUUAUUUAAGAGAAGAACAUCUGUAUUGUAUUUGGUGUGGAACAGCCUAUGAAGAUGAAGAAGACCUGUCUUCACAUUGCCCAGGACCAACUUCCGCAGAUCACGACUAAGAGUAGUCUCAAUAAAGUAGAAAUCUGGAAAAUGCUGUUAUUCUCAAAGACAGAUAGUUGAGCAGUUAGAAUUCCCAGAUUUUGGACACCAGUAAAGAAAGAGGGCCUUAUAUAUUUUGUUCUUUUUCUACUUUCGAAGUCCUUCAUACUUUAGAAUUGUUCACUGACCUCCAAAAAUAUAAUGGAAUGCUAUUUCAGAACAUGAGUUAUAGACACGGGCCAUUACAAUUUAUGACUCUGUUGUGAUACUUAUGGAGUUUAAGGGACACCAGCAGGUAACUCCCUUAUUCCUCUCUUCACUUCAGAACAAAUUGAAAAAUAAGACAUGGGAGCCAGCUUUAUUAUCAGUGAAGCUGAAAUAGACGGCAAGGCUGAUUUGUUCUCUAGUCAGACUCCCUAACAUAGCUCUGUGAUUGGAGAGACUGCAGACCUCGGUGAGAACACAGCCCAUUUCACAUUUUCAGACUAGUUAGCUUUCAAGGUGACAGAAUCUACUAGGGGCUGGGCCACACAGGCUAGGUUCCUUCUCUCAAUAGCACUCAUCAGAUAAGACAUCUCUCUGUUGAAAGAGAAUCAAUGAGGGUUCACAGAGCUUGUUCCUGUACUUCUCAGAGCUCACUGCCUUAGCUGGGUAGCUCUAAGUGAUUUUUAAAGUUAUUUUUUCUGUCUUAAGCUGAAAUCUGCUUCCUAAAAUUUAAUUGAGUACAGCUAAGGACAUAUAUACCAUGGCACACCUCUAGAGCUUCAUCCAAGGUUGGGCAUCAAAAUCAUGAAGCUUUUUUAAAAUUCAGAAGCUCAGGUACCUCUCUCUUAGUGAUUUUGAUUCAGCUAAUCUAGGAUAGUUUCUUGAUAUCUAUAUUUAAAGUUCUAAGAAUGAGUGUGAUAAGCAUAUGUGGAUGAGAACUAGUGCUAUAUAUUAAACAUAGAGCACUGCUAUUCUUAGAAUUGAGAUGUCCCUGCACAGCUUACAUCUCACCUUUUAGUAACACUGAGCAAGAGGUCAACCUCUUCUUCCUGUUUUAGAAACAGCAUAUGCAAGAACAUAGCAAAAGCUAACCUAUUCUGGCACAAGUUAAGAUAAUCAAUAGUGCAACUUUUUUUUAGCCUCUGACCUAAUAUGACCUAAUUCACUUGUUCUUGAGUUUAACUUGGGGAACUUUAAAAAAUAAUACAAGGGUCAGGCCCCCAGAAAUUCUGAUGUAGUUGGUCACCGUGGCCUUGACAUGACUACCCUAAUUCUAAGAUGAAGCAGAGCUUGAGAAUCACUAAGCUAGGUAACUUCUGGGCUUCAGUUCUUCAUCCAGAAAAUGGAUCAUUACUUUUAUGAACAUAAAUGCAUAUAUAAAAUAUUGAAGUUUAUAUAGUUGAAUACUAUUUAAUAUUUACUUGUUUAAAAAAAAUAAUAAAAUUAUAAAACAAAGGAGUAUACCUUUCCCUUAGAAUUAUAGUCAACAUACCGACAUUCAUUCAGUCAGUCCCAAAGCCAUGUGGACUGUUUCACAUGAAAUAAGAGUCAGGAACUGGCUUCCUUUUCUCCUACUAUCGGGACAACCCACCACCUGCCUAGUGGCCUAGAAGAUUUUGAGUAUGUUUAUGAACAACUUUGUUGAGAAUGGUAAUAACUUCAAUGGAACCCAUCACUCCACUAGAGUUGUGGUCUGCAUUUCCAAGCCAAGGGCUAGAACUAGGCCUGCCUUGGAGAGUGGGAGGCAUCCCUCCAUCCUUAUCCAUCAACAUUUAAAAAUAACAGCUUUCAAUAUGAGUAAAAACAUUUUUAUUCACAUAGGACUUUUAGGACUUCAUAAUUAAAUGAUGAUGAUAACCCAGGAAAGCAAAACGUUGAAAGAAUUUUUUAAAUUUGCUUUAGGGCAUGUAUAUGAAAUUUGAAAUGUCAUUCAUUUUUGUUUAUAUUGCGCUAUAUUAAAGUCCUAUCUAGAACUUC